AUGGGGGAUGAAAAAGAUGACAAGGGAAAUUUAUUUGGAGGCUGUGAAGGCCCAGACUCUGCGUAUAUUCGAAUCGUUUCAUCUGAUGGACACAAAUUUAUUGUGAACCGAGACUACGCGAUGACGUCGGGGACGAUCAAAGCCAUGCUGAGCGGGCCCGGUAGAUUCGCCGAGAACGAGACGAAUGAGAUUUGUUUUAAAGAAAUUCCUUCUCACGUCUUAGCGAAAGUUUGUCAAUACUUUGCUUAUAAAUAUCGUUUCAGCAAUACUUCAAUGGAAAUGCCGGAGUUCCCGAUUGCCCCUGAAAUUGCGUUGGAACUUUUAAUGGCAGCGAAUUUUCUUGAUUGUUAA